AUGUCACAGGAAGAGGCGACGAGGAUGAGGGAUGACUGCGCGGCGAUACAAUUUGUGUUGGGUCUCAAGCUCCUCCAGUCCUUCCUCGUUCACCGCCCAACCUCGCAAUACGCCACAUGGUCUAUUACUUGUACUGGGUCCGGUGUCAACGUCGCCGAUCACUUACCGGGUCUGGAGGCGCUCCAAGGCGGUGUCGAAGGUAUCGACAACGGAGCGCCGCCUAUUCAUCCUAAGAGCACCCAUGGUGAUAUAUUCUUCAAGGCUGAUGUCCCUAAGGGGGAGAUCGAGGCGGCCAAGACGGCGGGGGAAAAUAUAACCUUCCCGAAUGUCUACGACGCCAGGGGCCGCACUAGUCUCAACGGUUCGCCCCUCCUCACCAACCGCGCGCUCAUUCAAAAUGGGCCCGACGUCGCUGUGGUCUUUUCCGCUAAGGUCUGGAAGGGGGAUGGUAUUACUCCGUUCAACGGCGGAAGAGCUCACCGCGGUGGUAACCCCGAGGGCUGGAGCGUGUCGUACGGCCUUAUUUCUCUCUUCCUGAUCGGAAACUCAGCAGGUGGCGGUGCGUCCGAGGCGGUGGUUACUCCCAAGAAGCACAAGGCAAUUUAG